GGGUAUAUAAGACGGGCUGUUUGCCACGAUUUGAUGCCAUUUAUUAUUUGUCAGCUCUCAGCCAACAUCUAAUUGAUUGAUUGUUUUUAUUCAGUUUUUUAGUUGAAAUUUUAAUUGUAUUUUUAGUUUAUAUCAUUCAAAACUCAAUGGCUUUCUGGGACACCGAGCCGGCCGACCCGUGCGCCUCAAAGGCUAACACUAGUCUUAAAGAUGCGUUGAAUACGAGCAAUGCUUUCAAUGGAUUAGUUGUGCCGACCUCUGGAUGGCAACUGGAAAUCAUGAAAAUGCCGUUCACCACAAAGUUAGAGGACAUUCAGAACAUAUUUGCCAAAUACGGAACCAUCGAUAAAAUAGGCCUUAUUUUCAAACUCAAGGAUUCUUCGGUCAAUUGUUACGUGAGUUAUGAGAAGGAAAGCGUUGCGGCGGAAGCGUUGAAAGAAGACGGCAAGGCUUUGGGCGCCGACAGUAUAUCUGUGUUUAAAUUUAUUGAUCAAAACGGAGACAAAGGCAACAAAAGGUUGCGCACCGAAGAGACCACUGCCAGCGGUGGUGACGAAUGGGGCGCUUCCACCACAACCAACAGCGGAGGCGGUGGUGGCGGAGAUUGGGGCUCAUCUUCCGGUGGCGGAGGCGGUGGCGGCGGUUGGGGCUCGAGUUCAGGCGGUGAUAGCGCCCCGCGUGGCAGAGGUCGCGGAAGAGGUGGCGGCGGCGGCGGAGGCGGGCGUUCGUGUUUCAAUUGUGGAGAAGAGGGUCAUAUGUCCCGCGAGUGUCCGCAACCGAGAAAAGGCGGCGGAGGAGGCGGUGGUUCGCGCGCGUGCUUUCGGUGCGGAGAAGAGGGACACAUGUCUCGCGAGUGUCCGAAAGGAGGCGGCAGAGGGUGUUUCAAUUGCGGAGAAGAGGGCCAUAUGUCCCGCGAGUGCCCCAAACCUAGAGCCCAGAGA